AGCGAUUCAGAUCAGAUUUCACCUAAACCAGCUGGGAGAGACACCGAGAGCGAGCGAGAGAGAAAGAGAAGGAGGGAGAGAGAAAGAGAGAGGGAGGGAGAGACAGAGAGAGAGAGGGAGAGAGAGAGCGCGCGCAAGAGCGAGAGAGAGACACCGAGAGCGAGAGAGCGAGAGAGAGAGAGAGAGAGAGAGAGCGAGAGAGAGAGUGAGAGAGAGCGCUCGGUGGUAGGGUUUGUCAUUCUCCCUCCUCCCAAAUCCAGAAAAGCUUACCAAGGAAAAAAGGAGGAGUGUCUGGACUGCCAGAGACGCAGAGGAAUUUCCGAGGAUAUUUUUCUUCUUCUUCUUCUCCUUCUUCUCCUUCUUCUUCUCCUUUUUCUUCUUUUACUUCUUCUUCUUCUUCCUCCUCUCCCGCCUCCCCCCCCUCUCCACGUCUUGAUAUUUAAAAAAAUUACAAAAAAGUUGGAGAAGGCGAGGCAGCGGAGGACCGUGUGCUCAAUGAUGGACGAGCAGCCUCGGUUGAUGCACUCCCACGGGGUAGGCAUGGCCGGACACCCCGGCCUGGCGCAGCACAUGCAGGACGGCACGGCGGGGGCGGACGGAGAGGGACGGAAGCAGGACAUCGGAGACAUAUUACAGCAAAUCAUGACCAUCACAGACCAAAGCUUGGACGAGGCGCAGGCGAGGAAACAUGCACUGAACUGCCAUAGAAUGAAACCCGCUCUCUUCAACGUCUUGUGUGAAAUAAAAGAGAAAACAGUGCUCAGUAUCCGUGGCGCCCAGGAGGAGGAGCCCCAAGAUCCUCAGCUGAUGCGACUGGACAACAUGCUGCUGGCGGAGGGCGUGGCCGGGCCGGAGAAAGGCGGCGGGUCAGCAGCGGCCGCAGCCGCCGCCGCGGCCGCCGGCGGCGUCGGCGCCGACAACUCGUCAGAACACUCCGACUACCGGGCCAAGCUGUCUCAGAUACGAGAGAUUUACCACACGGAGCUGGAGAAAUACGAGCAGUUGGACAUCGUCCCGACUGGUGGUGGAUAUGGACAGAGGCAAAACAUUAAAAAAAAUGCGUGCAAUGAGUUCACCACCCAUGUGAUGAACCUGCUGAGGGAGCAGUCUCGCACACGACCCAUCUCGCCCAAAGAGAUUGAGCGCAUGGUCAGCAUCAUCCACCGCAAGUUCAGCUCCAUCCAGAUGCAGCUGAAGCAGAGCACCUGCGAGGCCGUCAUGAUCCUGCGCUCGCGCUUCCUCGAUGCCAGACGAAAGAGGAGGAACUUCAACAAACAGGCGACAGAGAUCCUGAACGAGUACUUCUACUCCCACCUCAGUAACCCCUAUCCCAGCGAGGAGGCCAAAGAAGAGCUGGCCAAGAAGUGCAGCAUCACAGUGUCGCAGGUAUCAAACUGGUUCGGGAACAAGAGAAUCCGAUACAAGAAAAACAUCGGCAAGUUCCAAGAAGAGGCCAACAUGUACGCGGCGAGGACCGCCGUCAGCGCCACCAACGUGUCCGCCCACGUGACCGCCCACGUGUCCGCCCACGGCAGCCAGGCCAACUCGCCAUCGACUCCCAACUCAGCAGGUUCCGCCGGCUCUUUUAACAUGUCAAACUCCGGAGACUUGUUCAUGAGUGUGCAGUCCCUCAAUGGGGACUCGUACCAAGGGGGGCAGGUUGGGGCCAACAUACAAUCCCAGGUGGAUACCCUUCGCCAUGUUAUCAGCCAGACCGGAGGAUACAGUAACAGCCUCGCAGCCAGCCAGAUGUACAGUCCACAGGGCAUCAACACAAAUGGUGGCUGGCAAGAUGCUCCGACUCCUUCGUCACUGACAUCGCCCACAGAAGGACCCGGAAGCGUUCAUUCGGAUACUUCCAACUGAAUAUAUCCAUCUCUGCACAUCAUCUACAACAAAACCAUGGACUGACCUUACUAUUUACAGUAUUAAACAAAGAAAUUCACUGCCCCACCGUUUGGAGAGGAACUGUGAGUUCCUAACCAGAAAAAAAAAAAAAAAGUAAUAUUUCCUCUGCUUAUAACGUUGGACAUUUGGGAUACAAACAAAACGUUUGACAAUAACAAAUCAAAACGACGCCACAAUCAACGGAGACGUUUGUACAGAUUUCACAUUAUAUUCAGAGGGCUGGGGUGUUACUCAUUCACUCGUAAUGUUUUCACUCAUCAUGAUGAAAUGAUCAAGUAAAUAAAUCAAAUCAUUGGUUUUAAGUGAAAAUACUUCAUUCUACCUCUCAGCCACACAAAAAAAGUAGAAAAAAACAUUAUUUGUUUUGUAUAAAUGAAACUUUUUGUCUUUGCAAGCAAGAGGCACAUCUUCUUACUUACAUUAUGUUGUCUCACCUGUUCUAUGGUACGCCAUUUAGACCUAAAUAUUGCUCAGUUGUUUACAAUGUGUGAUUGAUAAAGUAUGUCCAUCUUCCCCUCUGUCCCCGCCGAUCACCAACAGAGUUCUGUCAGGAGAUUUGACCUCUAAGGUAACCCUGUGAAGUAUGUUAUCUGUAAAACAAUAAAUAAAUACUUGUCAUCACAUCGGACAAGCUCGACAUCAUUCAUUAAGACGGAGGAUAUAACAACUCAAAAGAAAACUUUAUUUUUUGUUUCACUCUGUUGGUUUUGGUUCUGCAGAAUAUUGCUGGAUUCACUGAUGCAGUGAGAAUAAAAACAGGAGGAAACUUUUCUUUUAAUUUACUGAAAUGCUUUAUGAUAUUUCUUAUUAUUUUCCACCUCCACCACUGCAGAAGAAAAAUGUUUUGUCGAUGCCAAAAUGCUGAUCUAACCAAAACAAAACAAAAAACGGUGAAGAAAAAAAAAAAAUCAUGAAAGUCAACUGUAAUGUAUUCUCUCAUCAAAUAUAAACAGCAUUAUGUAUUCUUCUCCUCCUCCUCCUCCUCCCCCGCCAUCUUCAGUCGUUCAGCUCCGGUGCUACAAUCAAGUGAAUAACGCCGCUCCAUUGAAAGAAACACGAGAAGAAAUAUCACUUUCUCCGGAAGAGAAAGUUUGUCAACAGCGUCCGUAACCGAGUUUGUUCUUCGAUACAUGAACCGCAAUCCACUUAAACAGGGAAGUCAUUAUGUUAAUAGAGUUUUAUGGUUGGAUGUUUGCUCCUGAAUCUACAGCGCGGGGCCACAAAGGCUUCAGCGUGGAGCCGCUGAUCACCGCCAUGAAACCGGCAUCUGGACGCACCUGAACCGCUGCUCGGCUCUAAUGAGGACGCUUCGUCGUUACGUUCCUCAUUUUAAUGAAUGGUGUCCUCUCCUGGACGUUUAUUUCAAUAUAAAACAUUCAAGUCGAUAUAUUAUUCUGCUGGUGCUGCUUUAGUGACCCUAGAACUGACCCCAAAACAAAUUUAGCCAUUUGGAUUCACGCUUGUCUCUUGUACUUUCGUACUGAUCUUUUCUCUCGGUAUGAAACAUUUAUGAACAUUGUAAAUGUUAUUAAGCACUAAAGAAGGGACAAGUCAUGUCAAAUAAUGUGUUUUCUGACCAGUCUAACCUUGUUUAUAGACACUUUUUUGUUGUUGUUUUGUGGCUUCUUUGUAUUUUCUUUUUCUUUUUUUAUGGUAUGCUUAAUGUAGGCUAUUACUUUUGUUUUUUGGCUUACCCACACUGGUGAAUUGGCUCAUGAACCUUCAACAUGUGUUUCUGUGCACCAUUGUGCUUGACUUGCUUUGUUGGAAAGCGUUUUCAACACAUUAAAAAUGAUAUGUAAUACA